CGCAGCCAUGGUGAGCAGCACGGUGCGGGUCGGGGGGCUCCCCCCAGACCUGCCCCCCGACAGGAUGGUUGACAAGCUGACCAUCCACUUCCUGCGCUCCCGCAACGGCGGCGCAGAGAUCACCGACGUGCAGGUGGUGCCGGGCGGGCGCCAGGCUUGUGCCCUCGUCACCUUCGAGACACCGGAAGUGGCCCAGAGGAUCCUGAAGGUAAAGAAUCACAUCCUGUCCAUCGGAGGGGAGAAUUACCCGCUGGAAGUGACGGCGCACACCGCAGAGCUGAGCCUCGAUGAGAUCUUCUUAUAUGCUUCUGUGAUAGUUGACUAUGGCAAACUUCCUACUGGAAAAGCCCUCUUGAGGAACCUGUAUAAAGGCUACAGCAAUGUGCAGCUCAACUUUGACUCCAAGAAUACCCACUGCAUAGUCAAGGGGCCGUUCACUGAGCUGCAGGCCUUCAGCAGAGAGCUGCUGGGCAGCCUGAACCUCAAGAGCCAAGCUGCUGGAGAGAUCCUCCUGCCAGAUCCCAGCCAUGUGGCCAAAGAGACCAGAAUGGCUGAUCCACAGCAAGAGCCCGACUCUGCUGAGUCAGCACAAGACACAGCAAAGCAGCCGAACUGGGACCAGGCAUGUGAAGACGCAGGUACAGCUCCAUCACCCUGGGGACCUGUGGAUGGGAAAGCUGUGGAGCACCUGGAGGACUUUUCCCUAGUGAUGGACUCAGACAUUUACUUGUACAUGCAGAGGUUCUGUGCUGCCAAGUACCAGGGUGUGCUACAGCAGCAUCGGGUGGAUGUGGUGGAUGUCAGCAGUGAUGGCAUCACCACGCUGUACUUGCAGCCUGCUGCGGGGAUGGCUGGGGACACGGCUGCCUUGCGAGAGGCCUGCUUGGCCCUGCAGGAGCUUUACCAGCAGCUGGAGGUGAGCUUGCGCAAGGAGAAGAUCACCAAGGGAGGACUGGGUAUGGACAGCCAGGCUCUGAGGGCACUGACACAAGAGCUGCAGCAGCUGUAUCCCCAGUUGCUCUGCCAUGAGGAUGUGAAGCAGCUUUAUCUUAUUGGAAACCUUGUUGAUGUUUCUGAGGCCAAGCAGUAUCUUCAGGAUUUCAGUGCCAGAAGAGGUGCUGCACAGGCCACGGCCAGCAGCUCCCUGCCCUCACAGCCAACAACCUCCCACACCACAGAGGAUGCACUGCACAAGCCCAAGGAGCCUGCAGGCACCUCAGCCUCAAGGUUCAGCCCAGGCAGGCCAAAGCAGGGACGUGAGCUCAAGCUGCCUGCCGGCUUCAGCACCAUGAAGGCUGAGAGGUCCCCUGACCCCCCACCGGUGGGGCAGGCACUGCCUUCUGGUAAACACCCACUGCAAACAGGUGCUCUAAGUCUAGGUGACCUAAUGGCACGGACCCAGUGGUACCAGCCUGGUGGCUCUACAGCAGCUGUGGAUUUGGGCUCAGCAGCAGAGUCUCAGCAGAAGGACCCCAAAGAAUGGGAGCAGAUGAAAGGAGGUGCCAGGCUUACAAGACACGAGGCUCUGUCUGCCUUUGGGGGCAAAGACAACAGAGACUCUAGAGGCUCAGGUCCCAUCAAGCACCACUCACUUGCUGGCACAUCCAGUGCCUUUGACACAAGGACCUCUAAACCCUCUGAACCCAAGGCUCUUCUGCAACAUUCCAACAGCUUCUCCCUGCGAAGAUUAAAGGAAGGAGAGAAGCCGCAGGACACACCCCGGGCAAGCAGGGGGGAUGGAAGGGUGAGGGACUGGAUGAGCCUGGACUCUCUGAAGCGGUCCUGCCUGAAGGAUAUCUUCCGCCCUGCUGUCACUGAGCUGUGCAGCAAUGGGGGGGUGCAGCUCUCGGAGCAUCGUGCUGGGGACUGCACUGUGCCGACGCUGCAGGCAGAGGACAGGGAGAAGCUCAAGGGAGAGCUGAUGUUUGUCCAAGGAGCUCCUGUGGCCCCAGAGGCAGCCAGGAAUCAGGUUAGUGACAGCAGCACCUCCAUCCCCAGCCUCAGCAUGGACCAGAGCUCCCCUGCAGAUCCGGGAUGCGCAUCCUCAGCAGCCAGUUAUGCAGCCCUGACGUGGAUUUCAGCAGCACAACCCAAACCAGAGCAGGAGCUCGGGCAGAUGGUGCAGUCCCAAAGCCUCCAGCACCUAGCCCCAGCCCUGCUCUGGGGCCAGCAGGAACCCCGCUGCUCUGCUGGGGAGCACCCACAGCACAUGUGAGAGCUGCCUCCAUGAGACCAUAGAGCCUGUACCGGGAGGAACACAAUAAACAACGUUUACCCCUACA